CGUUCUCGCGCGCUGAAUCACCUCGCAGUAUAAAUAACGGAGCGCGCGCGCCGAGAGAAGCGGAGGACGCACGGAUCCAGCUGUUCGCGUGUUUCCUGCACCUGAACUCGCUGAAGAUGAGGGUGUGUUGGUCUUUGUUGGGCCUUUCGCUCCUCUACAUCUCCGCUGAGUGUCUGCUUUCCCCCUCCAAUGACGACCUUAACCAGAUCUCUCAGCUCGGAGAGAAAUAUGUGGAUGAGGAAAUCGAAAACGCCAUUAACGGCGUCAAGGAGAUGAAGACCGUGAUGGAGAAAUCGGAAAAAGAUCACAAGAAGUUCCUGUCAUCACUGGAGGAAACCAAGAAGCAGAAAGAGGACGCUUUGAAGGUCGCACAGGAGAUGGAGGAGAAGCUGAACGCGGAGCAGUCAGUGUGUAACGAAACCACACAGGCCCUGUGGGAGGAGUGUAAGCCGUGCCUGAGGAACGUGUGUGUUAAAUUUUACUCUCGCACCUGCAGCAGCGGCUCCGGCCUGGUGGGUCGACAGCUAGAGGAGUUCCUGAACCGGUCCUCACCUUUCUCCAUCUGGAUCAACGGUCAGAACAUUGAGACUUUGGAGAAAGAGGACCACCAACAGAGGCAGCACUUCCAGGAUUUGGAGAGACGCUACACUGAUGUGGCUGACGGUGUGGACAGCAUCUUUGUGGACAGCAUGAGAGUAUUUGACCACAUGCGCUCCCUGCACCAGCCCAGCUGGUUCCACAGACCCUCCCGUAUCUACAGGUCCCUCUUCCAUGACCCACAUUUCCCUGGUUUUCACAGCAUGUUCCAGCCCAUGAUGCAGAUGACACAAGAUGUCUUUGGAUCGUUUGGGUCACACACGGGUGGUGAUUUGAACUUUCCCUCUGAAGAUGGCAGCGUAAACGAAGACGUUAUUGUAACCAAGCCGUUUGGGAAUGAUAAGAUGACCUGCCGGGAGAUCCGCCGCAACUCUGCCGGCUGCGUCAAACUCCGAGAGGAGUGCGAGAAGUGCAAGGAGAUCCAACACAUUGAUUGUUCUGGAAAGAAGCCUCUGGAAGGUCCACUGAAAAAAGACCUGGAACAGGCUCUGGCUUUGGCUGAGAGAUUCACAAAGGAGUACAACAACCUCCUGAGGCACUUCGAGGAGGAGAUGCUCAACACCUCGAACCUGCUGGACAUGCUGAGGAAGCAGUUCAGCUGGGUGUCCUCGCUUGCCAACCACACAACCAGUAACGAUGGCAUCUUUAAAAUCCAAACAGUCAUCUGUAAGGACCCGGAGACUCCAGAGAAGCCAGGGGACACCAACGUAUCUGUCAAACUGUUUGACGAGCCAGAAAUGAGCUUCAGCGUGCCAGGAGACAUCCCUUGGACUGACCCGAAGUUCUCAGAGGUGGUGGCAAAGGAGGCUCUGGAUCGCUACAAACAGAACACUGUUCUUGCCAAGUAAUCGUGGAGACCAGGUGGAGUCGACCCAACAAACAUCAUUACAGAAAUCCUGCAUUUAUCUCAACUACUUAGCUGUUGUACUACUUAGCUGGAUGUUCUUUAUAUCUAGCAUAACUCCUGCUGUAUGAUCCUGACCUAGGCAUCAAAAAGAUCCUCAGGCAUCUGUGUGACAAUAAAAAAGUGCUUCCAGUUUCCCUGUAAUAACCAACUGCACACUGCAAAACGGAUAAUAAAACGUACAAAUAAA